CAAAUUUGAAGCUAUUGAAUGUUCCCGAAACCUUCAAAUUCGACGCCUUGAAUCUCUCUGCUUCACUUAGAUCUACUAAAGAAAUUUCGAAAUUCGCAGACAGUUGGAUGAAGUUUUUUCCAAGUGUUUACAAAGAUGAAGCAGAAAUCAAAACUUCUCAUAAUUACCCAGGUGACAAGCCAGAUAUUCGUCUGGUGUCACAAAUACAAAGUGAUUAUUCUGAUUUUGAGACUGCGUUUGUCCAGAAUGCCGUUUCGGUAAUACAAGAGUACCUGAAAAUGACAUACCUGUGUAACUUUUUACCAGUUGCUGUAGACAUCCCGAGUACUUUAUUAGAUCGGAUUCAGUCAGAGCUAAUCGAAAGCAAAAUUCAGACACAGAGAGGCUUUGUACCUUACUCGUGGAGUAGUGCAAUUCCUUCAGUUUGCUUCUUCAAUUUUGAAGAUGUGCAAAUGAAUAAUGUUGAAUUUCGCGUGAUGGUAGUUUUGCUGUGGAUAAACAUCAGCGAAAACCAGAGGAACAAGUUUCAAACUGGGCUUCUUUCUUUGAUCACUAGAGCAACCAUAAAAUUAGCCAUUGUUCAGAACGCUGGUUACACUAACGACAACAUAAAACAGGAGGAAGAGGCGCAAAACACAAAGAUCAGACUGGAAUUGGAAAAGUUGUUGAAAUAUCUUGAAUCGGGAAAAAGUUUAAUCGUUGGGACCAUUUACUACAACUUUAUGCCAUUCAAAUUGAUAACCCACUCAAAUCAAUUGAAAAUUCGCCAACCAAAAAUAAAAGGCAUCAAUCUUCUCGAAGGACCCGGAGGUGAUCUUGUUUUCCAGUUACACGAUGUCUACAAAAAAGAACACCUGGAAGAGCUAAUUAAAUGUGGAAUUACACGUGUACUUAUCUUGGGCGAUGUUGGGAAUUUCCAUUUUUACACGGUGGAAUAUUUUUGGAGCACAUAUCUCAUUUUUCAGUCUGACCAUUUUGCUAAUCAAUUUGAAGUUCAUCUGUUCCAUGCUAACGUUUAUCAUGAGUUCAACUAUCUUCUCAGAUGGAAUCAGUUUCUACGUGAGCAGACUCAGAACAAAUUACCAAAUCAAAUGGAACUUGCUGCAGAAACUCUUUGGACACAGAAAACGCAGAUUCCGUCUUCGGGACCCAGUAGUAGAUGGAAGAAGUGGAAAUCAAAAGCAACCGAGUUCAAUCGUCUCAAAGACCCAUUCAAUGCUCUUAAAUUGUACCAGAACAUUGCUUUUUAUCUAAGCUGCGAGAUCACGAUGCGUGACGAAAAAACUAUUGACAAAAAAAGCGUGACAAUGUCCGUUAAAAAUGGUCCAAAACAAAUGGCUAAGCUUCUGACCAACAACAGCGAAAUAUUUUUGAAUUGCAUGAGCGCAUGGACACAAAAGUUUAUGGACGCAAACAGGGAGGAAUUAUCGCUCGAAUUCUGUGGUUUUUACGCUAUUUCCUAUUCACUUAUGGCAAUCUGGAUAUACCCGUUCUGGCAUCGGAGCUACGAACUGAUAAGAGAAAUCAGGACUAGGAUUGCAAAUGACAGUUUCAAUGAAAAUGAUUCUUUGCUCGAGAAAUUGAUCGAACAAGAUAUGCAUACAGGAGCAAUAACUGGUUUACGCGGUGAAAAUUUCGAAUGGUCGUUAGAUUCUGACUCCGUUGCAGAGUUAAAACGAAUCGACGAACAACGACUUGAAUACAAAAAAAGCAUCAUGAGCUAUCUGAAAUCACUGGAAAUAAUCGGGCAACGAAAGGAAUUGGCACGUUGCUUAGCUGACUUCGCGCAGAAAAGUUUGAUGACAAUUGAAGAAGAUAGAUCAGAUACAACUGACAUCCUCGAAUACUGGAUUUUCAAAAUGUCAAGCCUUAUAAACCUGAACGAUUUCUCUAUUCGCUGUGCUUUGGAAGCACUGGAGUGGCUUCCAAAUCAGAAAUUUGCAACAGACAUAUUAAGUACGUCUUUACUUGUCUUGACCGAAGGAGUUAGUGAGGCUAAAGAAAUUGCCAAAGAAAUAGGAGAACAGCAAUUCUUCAAAUGGUCUGCCAGACGUCCAAUUGCGCCAAAAAACUUUCGGAGGAGUCAUAUUUGGAAAGAUGUAAGAAACAAAUGUUUGAGUACGGAGACAACGACGAGCGAUGUCAGCCUUAACGAAGUCGACAAAAAAAAUAAGCUUCCUGAUUGCUCUUUGCCUGAUAUUAGGCUGGAUACAGAAACAGUUGAAGCGACGAUUGAAACAAGACACAUGCUAAAAACCAGAGUAACUUCAAGCGGAAAAAUCGUUAGGAUCAACAAGCAAAAUGGCCAAAAUUUGGUCUCUGUUGAGUUUCCAAGAGGAUGCGUAAUCGGAGAAAGACCAAUAUCUCUGGAGUUUCUUGGAGUUCAAGAUGAAAUGUUUGACUUAGCCGCAGAUAGCAUCACCUACCCCCAAGAUAAAAAAACUGAUAAAGUUGAACUACAGGGGAAAAUGUUGACAGACAUCCUUCGACUAACGCAACCAAUGGAUUGCGUUUUUCUCAUCCCUGUAGCAGUGCGUUUUCCCCUCUCGACAAAACAGCGAGAACUGUUUGAAGAAUACAAACGUGAUGAUAAAAGUCUACAGCGACGGACAAUAGAAUUGUCGGAAAAAUCAAUUGAGAUAAGAACGACAGUGUUUUCCGAUAUUGGGCUCUUCUUGAAUGAAAACGAAUCAGUUGUGAGUGCUCUUGGAAUUGGAUCGAAAGCCGGCCAGUUCUUCACUGAAGAUGAAUUUUACCUAAAGAUAAAACAACAAUCACCAACUAAUCCACGUGCGAACGAAUUUGACCUCGAGAUCAGAUGGGGAAAGUUUGACAUCGAGGAUGAGCGGCUCAGUUAUUUGAGAAAACCUAACUGGUUUUAUACAAAGCUUGACAACAUCCCCAAUCGCUCUUCUAAGUUUGCAGCUGAGCUAGAAGUCGAUGAUCGAGGCCCAUUCCUUCUUCAGAAAGCGAGAACACUAAAAAUAGAAAUGAUGCUCACAAAUUGCAGCUUCAGACCGCUUGAAAUUCAAUGCCAGUUUGAUACUGCUUUAACGACUAAACCAAUACUGAAAGUGAAAUCUGAGGUGUUCGGGGGCCCAAAUAUUGCAUAUUUCGAUCUUCUCAAUCAAAAUGAUCUACAAUCCCUGACAAGAGAUCAACAGCUUCCAAUGCCAAGUUGUUUUUUUGAAGCACUGAAACAAUUGAAACACGAUUGGAUACCCUUCCUUCUUGAAAACAGCUUCGUUGAAGCUCAAUGGUCUUUGGUCAAAUUUAUAAUUGAUGACAUUCAAUCCGAAGUUCAGUUCCGACUUCAGCGUGACCUUACUGACGAGGAAAAUAAGCAGCUUAAAGAGUGCGCUAAGAAAAACCUCGAAAACCAGACUAUUGACAGAAUAAAAACCGAAUUCUUAAAACCCGAUCCUUUUAACAUUGGACGCAAUUUUUUGGCUUUGAUGGACGAGAAUACCAAAAAACUGGCUUUGUGUCUAAUGUACGCACCACACAAUCAACUUCGAGAGUCCUUCAAGAAAUGCUUCGAGCCAGGGCAAUCUUACAGACUUAACCAGAACAACUUUCCCAAUACGUUUCUUGUGUGGCUUGGGGUUGACGUCCAAAAUCAAUUCAUGGAAUUGGACUGAGCAAAAACUUUGAAAAGCAACAACAAGCACAGAUGUCUUUUUGCAGCAAAGCAUAUCAAUUUGUUUUCAAUUCUAGGUAGUAUUUCUCCUCAUAAUAACAGUUUGGUUUGUUUAUCUUUACCAUUACCACUUAUCUGUGCACAUAGUAUUUGUACAUUUCUGAAUAUAUAGUUUCUCGAUUAAUUAAAAAAAAACUUGAUAAUGUGUUCUAUGCAAAGCAAACUGCUAUCCUUGUUUAGCUUUGAAUUUGUACAGUAAUCCAUAUUGAAUACACCGAAGGCCAGCCAUGAAAGUUUCAUAACUAAAAUUUUUAAUAUCUAAACUUAAUUCCAUUACAAUGAUUCCUUUACAAACCUGUAUUUAUAGUCAGUUGUUUCAUGU